GACUGUCUGGACUACAUAAUAGCGUCAUCACUAUGCGCCUUUAGAGCGAAGGACCUAGAGAAAUGCACAUGAGUGUUUUGCUUAGAGGUUUGAGAAAAUGUGGCUUGUCUUCUUUUUUGGCUCACUCUGAAGUUAAUAGGCGUGUAGCUUAUAAAAAGCAGCAUUACCUUAUUUCGCCUUGUGGCGUUAAUCAACCUCUGAGUCGUAGUUUUCGUUCCGCACGGUGUCAACAGGACAGCUCGACAAUGGAGCAGGAAGCUGUUGCUACUGUUAGACCGGUGGAUGUAAACACACCGGUUUUAGCGCAGGAAACCACAUCUAAAGAGGCUACAGAACCCGGCAAACGCAAAAGCGACGAGCCCGAGGAACUUCAGGCAAGUGACCGAAGGAAAAGGCGUAGGGGAGCGGGAGGGAAGAAGGUCCGUCCGUGCGAGAGAUACGUCCCUCCUCCGCAGAAACGGAACCCCGGUGUCAGCUUCAGCCAGGAGCAUUUCAACGAAACCUCUUACUAUUUCGAGGGAGGCCUCCGCAAAGUUCAUCCAUACUUGUUUGACUUCAAAUGCUACUGCAAAGGGCGGUGGGUUGGGAAAACCCUGCUGGAGGUGUUCAAGACUGAGUUCAGAGCUGAGUCAGUAGAGUAUUACCACAGGGCGGCCAAAGAGGGUCGCAUCCGGCUCAAUGGGGCACCUCUGGAGGACCUGUCUGUGGUACUGAAGCAUAAUGACCAUUUGAGGAACACAGUGCACCGCCAUGAGCCACCUGUAGUUGGCAGACCCCUGGAGAUUCUAGUGGAUGAUGGUGAAGUGCUUGUUGUAGACAAGCCUGCCUCCAUUCCGGUCCAUCCAUGUGGCCGUUUCCGCCACAACACGGUGAUUUUCAUCCUGGGGAAAGAGCAGGGUAUCUGUGAGCUUCAUACAGUCCACAGACUGGACAGACUCACAUCUGGAGUGCUGCUGUUUGCCAGGACACUGGAGACAUCAAAGAAACUGGACCAGUUGGUGAGAGACAGACAGCUUGAAAAGGAGUACGUCUGCAGGGUGGAGGGUGAGUUUCCAGAGGGUGAGCUGAUCUGUGAGGAGCCCAUCCUGGUUGUUUCCUUUAAAAUCGGUCUCUGUCGGGUUGACCCCAGAGGUAAGGAGUGCCGCACUGUCUUCCAGAGGCUUAACUUUAAUGGAAAAACCAGCGUGGUACGCUGUUUACCACUUACCGGCCGCACACACCAGAUCAGGGUCCACCUCCAGUACUUGGGCUUCCCCAUUGUCAAUGAUCCUAUCUAUGGAUCCUCAGCCUGGGGCCUACAUAGGGGAAAGGGGGGACUGGUGGAGAAGAGUAAUGAAGAGCUGCUGCAGGCUCUGGCAGAGGAACAUUCUGCUCAAGAAGGUCUGCACCUGUUGGAUAUACCAGAUGAUGGCAUUGGAACUGUACAAAGUGCAGAUAAAAACAAGACGUCUGAGAAAACAGACAAGCCAGAUAGCACAUCUAAACCUAACAAGAGUGGCCUGAGUGGUGCAUGUGGUGGUGACGACAAAAGGCUAGAUCCACAGGCCAUGACAGGUUGUAGCUCAAGCAGUGAAACAGUAAAUGUGGUGAACCUACAAAGCAACAGCACCUCACUCAGUGAAUCUCAGAGCCCUCAACCUCACAAGUCAAAUGGAAAUCAAGUGGAGGCAACUGAGUCUACUCAGAAACCUCCUCCAGGCGCUCUGGACCACCUGUGUAGUGAAUGCAAGAUAGUACGAUCAGAUCCAAAAGAAAAGGAUCUCAUCAUGUAUCUCCAUGCUUUACGCUACAAAGGACCUGACUUUGAAUAUUCCACACGUUUACCUGACUGGGCCAAAGAAGACUGGGUCGAAGCUGAUUAGACCAGAUCGGAUAAACACUGGUGAGGACUUUGGUCUUUGCGUUACUGCUGUCAUGCAGGGUUUUCAGACUUCAAGAGGAUGUGCUUUGAGGCUUUCUGAUUGCAUUUCUGUUGAUGGUUGGUGGUUCUGUGCAAUUUCUGAAGGCAGUAUAAAAUUUAUUUCCACCACAACUGAGCACAUGUUUUUUUUUGGCUCCGAACUGUUUAUGCCUUAAAAUUGUACUGGUUCUCAUUUUACUGUUUUAAUUUCAAUAUAGUUUUAAUUCAAUUUCUUCCGUUUAAGCCUGUAAUCUGUCUAGUACUCCAAGCAAGAUUUCAAAUAAAGCCAGUCUGCAGGAAAAUAAGUGUUUUAUUUUCU